AAAAGAAAGAAGGAAGCUUCUCCACCAGAACCCUCUUUCCUUUCCCCUCAUUAAAUCUCCCCCCUCCCCUCUCAAUUUUCACACCUCCAUUAAAACCCUGCAACACGCUUCCCCCCUCGCUCUCUUCCUUUCUCCUCCUCUCAUCUCAUCUUCAUAUUACCUCUGCCUCUAUACUUUAACAAUUCUCUCUCUCUCUCUCUCUCUCUCUACAUGGCAGCAACGCCGGCGUCAGCCUUCCUUGCCUCCUCUCUCUCAAAAAUAGACCCCCUCUCCCCACCCACCCCCACACUCUCUCUUCCCGUCUCCUCCCCCUCUGCUUCCACCUUCCCCUGCCUCGGCCUCGGCCUCGGCGUCAGGUCUCUUUCCCGACAGACACGCAUCGCUGCAUCCCCUGCCCCAACUGGUGGUCCUGCCGCCACCAACCCCCCGGCCACCACAACUCCUCUCCGAGAUGCACGCGUGCGCCGCAUCCACAGCAUCGAGGAAUUCGACGAUGCCCUCAAGCAGGCACUAAACCGCCUCGUUGUCGUGGAGUAUGCCGGGAGCAAGAGCUACCAUAGCCACAAGAUCUACCCCGUCAUGGUGGAGCUCUCCCGCACCUGCUCCGACGUCGACUUCCUCCUCGUCGUAGGUGAUGAGUCGGAUGCCACCCGUGCCCUCUGCAAUCGAGAGGGCAUCGACCGCGUCCCACACUUCACCUUCUACAAAUCCCAAGAGAAGGUCCACGAGGAGGAGGGCAUCGAGCCCGGCCAAUUGGCCGACGACGUGCUGUACUACGGCGACGCAGAGACGCCGGUGAAGCAGCUGCACAGCAGAGAGGAAGCAAAAGCUUUCAUAGAAGAGAGCAGAGCAGAUAAAAGGCUUGUAGUCUUGGACGUGGGGCUCAAGCACUGUGGGCCGUGCGUUAAGGUGUAUCCGACGGUGGUGAAGCUAUCGAGGCAGAUGGCCGGAACAGUGGCGUUUGCGAGAAUGAACGGUGAUGAGAACGAGAGUUGCAUGAAGUUCUUGAGAGAGAUGGACGUGGUGGAGGUGCCUACGUUUUUGUUCAUAAGGGACGGUAGAAUUAGAGGGAGGUACGUGGGUUCAGGUAAAGGUGAACUUAUCGGCGAGAUUUUGAGGUACCAAGGGGUUAGGGUUACCUAGAGAGAGAGAGAGUUGCUCAAAGCUUGAAACAUGUAGAGAGAGAAAGUUUCUCAUAUGUAGAGAGAGAGAGUUGCAGGCAGAGGUGGUGCUCUUGUUGUGGAGUUUGUUUGAAUUUACAGGUGAUGGCAAUUUAUUUUAUUGAGGAGGUGUAGUAAUUAAGAAGUAAGUCAUACAAUUCAGUUUGUUUUCGAGUUAUAAAUUUGCAAUUUAUUUUAUUGAGGUGUAACAACUAUGAAGUCAUACAAUACAUAGUGUUUUUGUGUUAUAAAUGA